CGAAUAAGCCCUCGCUCUCACUCUCUCUCUCUCUCUCUCUCUCUCUCAAGCUCGAGGAGGAGAACAAUGGCUUCUUUAUUAGGGUUUUCAGCCGCUAACAGUUUGAUCUCGAUUUCGCGCCAUUCUUCUUCUUCUUCUAAAAGACGCCUUUUGUCCCCUGCUCCCAAGUCUUUGAGUUGCAAAUUGAUAGAGCCACUGGGGUUCAGUAAUGGAGCAGUACCGCGUAUUCCUAUUGUUAAUGAUCAGACAUUGCCUGGUUUCUUGACUGGAACAAGCCAAGGCGAGUUGCGUGAGAGGCAAGAUACUCGGUUGCGUAUCUUCUCAGGGACUGCGAAUCACUCCCUUGCCAAGGAAAUUGCUAGCUACAUGGGACUGGAACUUGGAAAAAUCAAGAUUAAGCGAUUUGCUGAUGGUGAAAUAUAUGUUCAAUUGCAAGAGAGUGUAAGAGGAUGUGAUGUAUUUUUAGUGCAGCCAACAUGCCCGCCUGCAAAUGAAAAUCUCAUGGAACUUUUGGUAAUGAUUGAUGCAUGCCGAAGAGCAUCUGCAAAAAAUAUCACAGCAGUUAUACCUUAUUUUGGCUAUGCAAGAGCUGACAGGAAGACUCAAGGACGGGAGUCUAUUGCAGCGAAACUUGUUGCAAAUUUAAUCACAGAAGCAGGUGCAAACCGUGUACUUGCUUGUGACCUUCACUCCGGGCAGUCGAUGGGAUACUUUGACAUUCCUGUAGAUCAAGUCUAUGGUCAGCCUGUGAUUCUUGAUUACCUGGCAAGCAAAACCAUUUGUUCCAAUGACUUGGUGGUGGUCUCUCCUGAUGUUGGAGGUGUUGCAAGGGCACGAGCUUUUGCAAAAAAGUUAUCCGAUGCACCCCUAGCCAUUGUGGAUAAACGACGCCAAGGGCAUAACAUUGCUGAGGUGAUGAAUCUGAUUGGUGAUGUCCGAGGAAAAGUGGCUGUCAUGGUAGAUGAUAUGAUAGACACUGCUGGUACCAUUGCGAAAGGGGCAGCUCUUUUACAUCAAGAAGGAGCAAGAGAAGUGUAUGCAUGCAGCACACAUGCUGUUUUUAGCCCUCCCGCAAUCGAGAGAUUGUCUAGCGGCCUGUUUCAAGAAGUCAUUAUCACGAACACUAUCCCUAUACCGGAGAAAAUGAGUUUCCCUCAGUUGACAGUUUUGUCCGUGGGAAACCUUUUAGGGGAAACUAUUUGGCGCAUUUAUGAUGAUUAUUCUGUUGGCUAUGAACCUUACUCGAGCUCGGAGAUUGACUGAUCUUCGUGGGAAAACAGUUGAGUAACAACGACAAUGAGGUGGGAAAAUGGUGAAUAAAUAUCGGUUAUCAUCAACUCCUUGUUAGCAAAGCAUAGUGUUCCAUCCUUACGGAAUCAGGGUACUGUAUGUCUUUCUUCAAAUUCAUUACGGUAGUUCUUACUUCUUGUUUUAGAGCGUAUUAGGUGUCCAACAUGCGUUCUCUUUCGCGUAACGGCUAUGUGUUUUGAGUGAGCUGAGAAUGGGAGCCUUAAAUGCUUACCUGCCUAACUUAUGUUACGUUGCUGGUUCUUGUAUAUAAAUGUUUUUGGAGUUAAGCUGUGGGCAUGAUAUAUAUUAAUUUCUUUUGAAGUUUUUGCUGA